UGCUUUUUUGAACGUCGCGCGGAUCGGUUGUCUACUAUCCGCAGUGACCCGCGUAAACACGUAAUAUGUUGCAAGAAAUACAACUCGUCCAAGGUCAAACAAACUACGUCGUAGUCUCGUCUGGUUACCCAUCAGCGACAGUAACAAAGACCGCAAUGGAGAAAAGGGUCGUACCUAUCGCUCCAGCUCCAGAAAAGAACUACGUCACACACGACACCCCUCCAAACUUGCAGUACAGGAAGAAAGUUCAUUUUAGAACAAAUCCAUACACAGGUCCCCAGGCUGCAUCCAUCGCGAGACGAAAUGCAAGAGAACGGAAUCGCGUGAAGCAAGUAAACGAUGGUUUUAAUGCCCUUCGUCGUCACCUGCCAGCUUCCGUUGUGGCCGCGUUAUCAGGUGGCGCCCGGCGUGGAUCAGGGAAGAAGCUGAGCAAAGUGGACACUUUAAGAAUGGUGGUUGAAUAUAUAAGAUAUCUUCAGCAAUUAUUAGAUGAAAGUGAUGCAGCUCUAGGAAUAACACGCGAUCAGGAGAAUAGAGAAAAUAUACCAAAUGCCCAAGUAAUGACAUCUAUGGACAUGGAUGACAGUUUUUUUUAUGGUAGUGGUUCUCCCUGUUCUGAGAAACCUGAUUCACCUGCGCCCUCGGAGUGUUCUUCGGGAGUUUCAUCAGCAUAUUCUCCGGUGGAUACGAAUCGAUAUGAGGUGUCAACGCAGCAGCACCUCGGUCCUAUGGAUGAAGACGAGCUCCUCGAUGUAAUUUCCUGGUGGCAACAAAAAUAGCAAUAUCAUAGGUAAUCAAGUUCAAACAGGACGUAUCCCUCCGACUCACUAUAUGUCAAUAGUGCAGACGAAAAGACUCUUAAUAUAUCUAGUCAAAUAACAGUGCCUUUAUAGUGUAAGAUGUGUAACAGGUGUUUGUGAACAAUUGUUUGUUACCGAACU